ACAUCAAACUUAACCCUGCUGGGCUUCAUCCUACUGACCAUGCACCCUAUACUGGGACAUUUAAAUUUUUGAGACCUGCCACUGCAAUCAGGGAGUAUCGAAGUGAAAAUGAAGCUGAUGGCCAAGAGACCAGGUUAACUCAUAUGGAAAACAACAUUAAGAAACGUCAGGAGUGUUGUUGCAGAAACUCAUCCACUUCUGCCACCAGGCACUCACCAAUCUCAAAACACUCACCUGUAAGUAAACACUUACCAGCAUCAAAACAGAACUCUUCAUCCUAUCAAGACAAUAACAUUAAUGAUGUCUGCUUUGGCUGUGAUGGUGGUUGCAGUGAUGCUACUUGUAGCAGCAAACGCUCAUCCCAGGUCAGUGCAGAUGUGGAGAGCACAUGUGACCUAUCCCCUCUGUCCAGCCCAAAACAGAACUUGGAAACUAUGAGUGAAAAAUCCUCUCUGGAUAUUGACCUCUAA